AUGUCAAGAUUUGUGACAGAAUCAACUGGAUUAGAGCCUACAACAUGGCCACAUGUCAACUAUCUCUGGAUAAACAAGAGAUCAGAAAUGAAUGAUGUACUUUGGACUCGAUUCACUCAUCUUAAUUUCUUAGAUAUUGAACGAAAUCUGAAUACCGUAUUCGAAUAUAUUGCUGCACGUCUUGAUUUAUCGUAUAUAACUAGUUUUUAUUGUAAUCGAGCUGAUAUUGAAACACUAAGCAAUGACUUUGUAAGAAUACUUCAUAGUUUACCACAACUAUGCUCACUCGGCUUACCUGUAUCGAUUUUUCUCUUCUUUUUUGAUCAUCAAUGGCGUAAAAUUGUCAAUCUCAAUAUAAUGAGUCAUUAUCAAUUUCCAUCAAUGUCAUUAAUAUGCAUCCAAAUUGAUUCACUUUGGCGUUCAUUUAAUCGUUUGGAAACAUUAACAUUUUGUCGUCAAACUAUUCAAGAUAUGGCACGGUUAUUCGAUAAUAGAGCGAUGACACUAUCGACUGUUAUGAUUCGUUACUCUAAUAAUUUGGAUGAUAGUGAUCCUCAAUUGAUCACAUAUGAAUGGCUUGAAAAGAACACAAAAUUACGUCAUUUUGACUAUUUUUGCAACGAUUUACGAAUUGUUUUCAUGUGGAUCUAG